CUUCCGCCCAGUUUUUCGAUGUUCAUUGCCCGAGUUGAAAAUGGAAUUCGAUUAAAGCAGAUGUACAACAACUUCUUCGAGAACAUUUUACUCACCGUUUUUGCCUAAUGUAUUUCAAUUUAAUAAUGAAAAUUCGUUUGUAGGCCUGUCUUCCCCCCCCCCCAGUUGUGGAGGUUAUAAUUCAACGUACACCGACACAUUGACGGAGCAACGCUGCAGCACUUUUCAAGUGUUGUCCUGGACCUGAAGUUGGCGAGGGAAUGCUCGAUAGCUAACCACGAAUAACGUGCCAAAUGUCGGGUUUAUUUUGUACCAUUUUUAGCAUCUGAGCGCAUUGGAUUUCGUGUUGCGGAAGAGGAUGACGAAACUGUGUAUUUUAUUGUGGUUGGAUUUUACUUCCAGGGAAGAUAAAAUGAAUCAUCGGUUGUCAUUCCUCCUGGCAAUUUAGUUACAGCUAGCUAGGCUACUUGGUUUUCCGAAAUAAAGCUUAGUUAUGCAUGCACCAUUGUAAGACCAUUUACUUUUAUCCAAUAUCUGGGUGGUUUAUGCGAAAGAAAAUGGUGAUAUUUGUGGUUUAUUUCCCCGCCGUCACUGCGUCCUUGAUGCUAUUGCCAGGAUUUGCAUCCCCUUGAGGAAAGAUGAGCGAAGAUUCGACAAAUCCAAACAACGAUGACAGUUAUGCGCGUGUGAGAGCAGUGGUCAUGACUCGGGAUGACUCCAGCGGUGGGUGGCUGCCUCUGGGGGGCGGGGGCCUCAGCUGCGUUACCGUCUACAAAGUCAGCCAGAUGCCGGACAGCAACAGCAGCACCACAGACCCAAACACCACAUCCACCAACCCCACAGCAGACUUCCUCAUCAAGGGGGAGCGGCUCAAAGACAAAUCGGUUGUUCUGGAGUGUAUUCUAAAGAAGGACCUGGUCUACAACAAGGUCAACCCCAUAUUCCACCAUUGGAGGAUCAACGACAAAAAGUUUGGCCUGACCUUCCAGAGUCCUGCCGAUGCCAGGGCCUUUGAUAGAGGGAUCCGCAGGGCCAUCGAGGACAUCAACCAAGGCUGUCCUGCGUUUGGUGACUCGGACUCCCUUGAAGAUGGAUUACAGCCCCUGUGUGAGGAGCCGCCCUCCAUCUGUACGCCCAUGAAGGAGCCCUUCUCCCCCCUGAGUGUCCACAGUGUGGUGUCCACUGAGCCCUACCGAGGCUGCUACGUCCGCGCUCAGCCUUUUGACGAGUUCCCCUCCAACAACCGCCGCUACCUGCCUCCUCAGCAGGUGUCCUUCAAGUCGACGCGCCACGUCAGCUUUCACAUGGACGAGGAGGAGAUCGUAAGGAUCAACCCUCGUAAGGACCUUCUGAUCCGCGGUUACGAGGACUACCGCCACCCCGUCAUGUGGAAGCAGGAUGUCGAGCGAGAGGACCCUGACUUCCCCGCCCCCUUCCACAAACUGGACAAGAAGUGUGAGUACCUCUUCCCAGAGGGGCCGGGAAUGGAGUCCCACUCGGGCCCUGGGAGUAUGGGUAUGAGCACAGGACUGGGGCUAGGGCUGGGUAAAGACUCCUCCAUCAAGACCCAGCCUUCGCCGCUGCUCAAGUCCAAAAAAGGACGGCGGCGGCGGGAGGAUGGUGAGCGUUCACGCUGUAUCUACUGCCGGGAAAUGUUCAACCAUGAGGACAACCGGCGGGGCCAGUGCCAGGACGCUCCAGACCCCAUCAAGCAGUGCAUCUAUAAAGUCAGCUGCAUGCUGUGUGCCGAGAGCAUGCUCUACCACUGCAUGUCCGACUCUGAGGGAGACUUCUCGGACCCGUGCUCGUGUGACACGGCUGACGAGCAGUUCUGCCUGCGCUGGCUGGCCCUGGUGGCGCUGUCCUUCAUCGCUCCCUGUAUGUGCUGCUACCUGCCGCUGAGAGCCUGCCACCACUGUGGGGAGGCCUGCCGAUGCUGCGGGGGCAAGCACAAGGCCGCCGGGUGACCUGACUGAACUCUGACCCCCUCACCCGGGACGACCUACCCACAACACAGCUAGCUAACACAAGCGGAAGCUUGUUUUUCAUUCACCUCUCAGAGGGGGUGACAUGUUGUUGUAGACCCCUGGCUCUGGAGGUCUUUUGGAGAUGUUUGAGUGUGUGUCCUCUGACGCAGAGAGCAACGAAGACGAACCUCGUGCUUUACGGGCUCUGAGCGUGAAGUUCAGGAGCUUAACGCGAGGAGAAGGCGUUGAGAUUAACAGACAUGGUGAUAUUACUAAACACACACUCACACUCGUACAUAAUACACACAACCAGGCCACCAUGUCAGACUCUCUCUGUAAGUAAUGUGUAACUUUAUGAAGGAAUAACAAACAACGAAAACAAAACAAUUGUGCGUACAGAAAACAUACUUAGUGUUCGAGUAUGCUAAAAGGGAUAUGUUCUUGCUUUUUUGUGAAUUUGCGUUUGGGUAACAGUGGCCUUUCCUUUGACUCGAGCAUUCGCUGACAGUGUAAUUAUUAGACAGAGAAAGUGCACUAGAAAUGUUUUAUUCCCCCCCAAAAGGUAACCUUCAAACAAUUCUAAUGGUACAUUAACCAUAAGACCAUUCUUAUAUAGUAAUUUAACAGUUCGGAGAUGUUGCUGUGGUGGAUGUGUACGCGUUUCCUUAUUUUUCCUAUUCAUCGAAGGUUGAACAAAAAAAUUACAGAACACCUUUAUCUUUUGACAGGUACAGUAUGACAUAGCUUUUGACAUUCACCCUAGAUAAUGUUAGAAUUAUUUCCUUGUUUUGGUAAGGCGAUUUGGACCACUUAAUUGCAUUCCAACAUAAAGGGAUUGAUUCCAUGAGCAGAAGGGAAAACAUGGUAAUGUAUUUUGCCAUCCUUCAUCCCCCCAAAACCUUUUUUUCCAAGUCAAGAAUGAAUGUUAACGCUUCUUGAAUAACCUUACACGAAUGAGACCAAUACUUCACAAUUCCAUGUACUUGUUCAAUUUUGAUGGUGAAACUGGUGUUUGUCAUUUUUUCUUGCUCAUUUUAUGUUUUGAAUUUAUAAAGCUGAAAUUUUGCUCAACCAGCAAGUUUUUCGAUUUAAUUUUGGUGAGUAAGUGGUAUUGAGUGCCCCUUUGUGGAACAAGGCACUUACAUUAGGCUAGUUUAGGGAAAAAUUAAAUGUUUUUAGUUAGUUGGCAACAAGAAAUCACCAAUUAAAACUCAAAUUUAGUGUGAGAGAAACCCACCUUGAAAGCACUGGUCUCCAAGCUUUGGUUACAGCACCAUCUCCAAAUUUCAAAGUACUGUAUGUCUGUCCCUUUGUGAUUGAAGUAUUUGUAAGAAUGAGUCAAAUGUACUGCUGUUAUUAGGUCAUUUUGCAGCUUGUCCACUGUAACUCCUAGAAUACAUAAUUUAACAUUUGCCCAGUCGUGAACGAAUGGGUGCAUCGUUUUAAAUGUCACAGAAAGUACAUUUGGCUAUAGGUUAUUAUAGCAUAUGAGUAUGAUUGUUGCACACUGUAUACUGUAUGUGCAUAGGUCUUCAUAUGCAAAGGCAGUGAGAUGUCAAGCACGGUGAUCAUAUAAACUGAUAUCUGUUUUGAGUAGUUGUAACAAACCUGACUUUGUAGAAGCCUGACUGGUAGAUAUGACGGUCCUUGUUCAAAUCCAUAUUUCAAACAGAAGAACAUAGCCACGAUAACAACCAAUGAAUGACUGUAGACAGACCCCCAGUUGUAUUAAUUUGAUAUUGCAUCUCAAAAAGACAGUAUGUUAUUGCUAAUUCCACACAACAGCAUCAACUGUUGAUUUUAGAAACUUGUCUGCCUGUGUACCUAAAUAAUGUUUGAGAACAAAGAGGCUUCUUUGAUAAGUUAGACAAAAUCAUUAUCAAACUGAUAGAAAAUCGCCCUUCCCAAUUUGAAAAGCUUGUCAUUACAGCCCUGUACUUUAGCCAAUAGAUAUUAACACCAUCCCCCGGCCCGCCACUCCUCGAGAAAGGGAAGUGGCAACUCGGUCUUGUCUCCAGACUGGACGGAGGCAGUCAUCUUCUUCCAAAUCCCACCCUUAUGCCCCAUGCAGGGCACUCUUUACUUUCUAUGCAAACUCUUGACCAUGGGAAACACAUAGACCUCUCUCCACACUGAGUCCGUGACAGGACACUUUAAUAACGCUAUUUACACGUUACCCAGGUACCAAACUCCAAACACCUGUAAAUAAGUAACACUAUAUUUAAAUACCUGAUAAUAAUCCCAUUUUGUUUUUUGGAAAUUAAAAGAUAGAGCUGUAUUUAUAACUGCUGUCAGCAUAUACUGUAGCUUCAAUUGACAGCCUUAUGUACAUAGGUCACCUUUUAGUAUUAUUUCACAUUGAAAAGUAGAGGGCGUUGAUGAUGGAAAUGACUAUUGCGCUUUGAAUAGAGUUUCUUUCUAGUUUUGUACAGAGGAAGGAAGCCUAGAGUGCUAACAAGGCAAAGUAGUGGCAGUCCACUUAUUUUUAAAAAGUUUGAUAUAUAUAAAGCUGCUAGAUACAAUCACUAAUUUUAUUGUGUUGGGAGGGAGAGAAAAAUCCGCUAUGAAAGACUGUUAAAACAAUAUCUAGUUCUCUGACAGCAUAUAACCAUGACGACGAGUGUGUGUUUGUUAGGUGUAUGUAUGUGUGUGCCUGUGUUCAGCCGUUUGGUUUGUUUGUCCAUUUCCUUUUUUUCUCCUCCCAUAUUGUAAUUUGGAUUGCCCUGCACAUUGCAAGCUGAACCAAGGUUUGAUGAACCUGAUUUAAAAACUUGCUGGCUGAGAAGCAAAAUGUAGGACAUACAUUAGCUGAGAGAUACUGAAAUAGCCGGUUUCAUUCUGCAUUAACCAGCACAGUGCAACUCGCUGUCAUGUACUGUAUUAUAUAUGCAACAUGUCUGUCUGCUUUAAUAUAUUUUUUUACCUGUCAGUUAACUUUGCAUAUGUAAGACUUCAGUUUUUAACCACUGCUGCUAGUCUUUUGUUAUUCUUUCAAUCUUAAAGUGUGCAUAUCUUUGGAAUGCAUAAAAAUGUACAUUCUUGACUUUGUCUAGGUUAAAAUGAAAUGCCUAUAUAAACUUGUUUCUUCAGUGUAUUGUUUGAAAAGGUUACUUUUCACAGCAGUUGUGGUUACAUUUAAAUUCUCCAAUGCUUUGGUGCACUGAUGUAUGUAGGCUUUCUUCUUCUUACAGCGCUUGAUGACGUAACAUUUAUGUGAUUAGUUCUAAAUAGUGGAAAACAUUUGUUUUGAAAAUUGCAGUAAAAAUGGUACUCUAAUUCUUCUGUAAACAUUGUCUGUUUCCCUUCUUUCUCAUGCACCUUUUCUUUCAGUUCCUUAGUGCCGUUGGUUCACACCAUGACAACCUCGAAAAAGUGCCUCACGUCCAUCAUAGUUUCCAUCUAAAACUUAACAGCUCUUGUUCUGGUUAUAUUGGUUUAUAUACGUCUAGGUAUUUCUAUCAUGGUUUGAAAAUUCCAAGUAUAUGAUGUAAAAUGUAUAGUUCAAUAACUCAUGUCAUAGUUGUAUUUUCUUCAUACAGAUGUAGCUUGUUACUUUUCAUAAAUAUAUGUAAAUAUGCAUACAUAUGUUUGUAACUGUUUUUAUGUUACAUCAUACACUUGUAAUUUGACAUAUCAAAUAACAUUAUCAUAAUAAAAUGGCGAGUUUUAA